UCCUUCUCACUGAACAAGAAAAUCUUUUGCCAAUGGAAUCCUCCUCCGCUUCCAAUUCUCAUAUACCGCUAGAGCUAACCCUCAAUAUACUACACCAUUUACCAGUCAAGUCUCUUGUCCGCUUCCUCUGCAUUUCUAAGCAAUGGCGCCAUCUAAUCAGCAGCCAAGAUUUCAUCAAGAAGCAUCUCAAGCUCUCCAUCGAGUCCAACAGAGACUGCGGCAUCAUCCUCCGGCACUACGAUGACUCUGAUUUCUUACGUUUCCUCUUCGCUCCUUUAUCCGACAACAACCAGUUCAGAAACGCCGUUGAAAUUCACUCGGCCCUACAGCUCCACAUCUUGCACCAUUGCGACGGCUUGGUUUGCCUCUCUGACGAGAAAGACGAGGUCGCAAUAUGGAACCCGUUGAUCAGAAAGUAUAGGAAAUUGCCUCGAGAACCGGUUGAGAAGCCUUCUGGUUUCGAGCAUUGCACCAGGGCAUUCGCUUUCGGCUAUGAUCCGCAGAACGAUGACUAUAAGGUGUUGAGGGUCGUAGAAUUUUAUAAUGCUAAGAGGCAUUUAACAGAGUUUGAAGUCAAGGCAUAUAGUCUUAAAGCGCAGUCUUGGAAAAAGGUUGAAGAACAAUGGCCUGACAAGAAACUCUCGUUAAAUCCGGGUUCUGCGUCUCUGAAUGGUGCUGUGCAUUGGUUAGUUGAUGCUCCUCAAUCCAAAAUCGGGUCGCUUAUUGCUUUCGACCUUGCCACUGAGAAGUUUCGGUUCUAUAAGGAGCCGGAUCAACUAGACGACGAAGAACGUGUGUUCCCUACUUUAGAAGUGUUGGGAAGAUACCUCUGUUAUUCUGUUCUUGUGAAUCAUAACGACACUACUUAUCACGAAGUUUGGCUGAUGAAAGAAUAUGGGGUAGAGAGUUCUUGGACACAGAUUUAUAGAAUUGGGCAAGGUGAAGUGCCUGGGAUUUUUGUGUAUAGGCCGCUAUUGUUUUCCAAGAAUGGCAAGGAGGUCUUGUUGGAGGAGGCACGAGAGCACUAUGUGAAUCUUGUUUGGUAUGACAUGGGAAACAAAGCAGGCCAGAGGGUAGAGAAUCGGAGUUUUCCUUGUGGGUUUACAGCGUCAAUUUGUACCAGCAGCCUUCUUUUGCUUGAUGGUGAUAAUGUGAUUGAUCCGAGGUAA